CAGGCGGGAGGGAGAGAGACAGACACGAGGAGGAGGAGUUUUCCAGCUCGGCCUCCGCCGGUCCGCGGCGCAGCCCUGGGUCUGGUCGGUCUCCUCCCACCCACGAGAAGCGCGCCGCGCAGCCGAGCCGAGCCGUGCGCAGCGCCGGCGCGCCAUGGGGAGCCCCGCACUCCGGCCCGCGCUGCUGCUGCUGCCGCCGCUGCUGCUGCUGCUGCUGCGAGUACCCCCGAGCCGCGGCUUCCCAGGAUCUGGAGACUCACCGCUAGAAGACGAUGAAGUCGGGUAUUCACACACUAGAUAUAAAGACGCCCCAUGGUGCUCCCCCAUCAAGGUGAAGUAUGGGGAUGUGUACUGCAGGGCCCCUCAAGGAGGAUACUACAAAACAGCCCUGGGAACCAGGUGUGACAUUCGCUGCCGGAAGGGCUACGAGCUGCACGGCUCUUCCCAGCUGAUCUGCCAGUCAAACAAACGGUGGUCCGACAAGGUCAUCUGCAAGCAAAAACGAUGUCCUACCCUUGCCAUGCCAGCAAAUGGAGGGUUUAAGUGUGUCGAUGGUGCCUACUUUAACUCCCGGUGUGAGUACUAUUGCUCACCAGGAUACACAUUGAAAGGGGAGCGGACAGUCACGUGCAUGGACAACAAGGCCUGGAGCGGCCGACCAGCCUCCUGUGUGGAUAUGGAACCUCCUAGAAUCAAGUGCCCAAGUGUGAAGGAACGCAUUGCUGAACCCAAUAAGUUGACUGUCCGGGUGUCCUGGGAGACCCCCGAGGGAAGAGACACAGCUGAUGGCAUUCUCACUGACGUUAUACUUAAAGGGCUACCCCCAGGCUCGCAUUUUCCGGAAGGUGACCACAAGAUCCAGUACACAGUUUAUGACAGAGCUGAGAACAAGGGCACCUGCAAAUUUCGAGUAAAAGUCAGAGUCAGACGCUGCGGCAAACUCAACGCCCCGGAGAACGGCUACAUGAAGUGCUCCAGCGACGGCGAUAAUUACGGGGCCACCUGUGAAUUCUCCUGCAUCGGCGGCUACGAGCUGCAGGGCAGUCCUGCCCGCGUGUGUCAGUCCAACCUGGCGUGGUCUGGCGCAGAGCCCACCUGUGCAGCCAUGAAUGUCAACGUUGGCGUCAGAACAGCAGCUGCACUUCUGGAUCAGUUUUACGAGAAAAGGAGACUCCUCAUUGUGUCCACGCCCACAGCCCGAAACCUCCUCUACCGGCUGCAGCUGGGGAUGCUGCAGCAAGCCCAGUGUGGUCUGGAUCUUCGACACAUCACCGUAGUGGAGCUGGUAGGUGUGUUCCCGACCCUCAUCGGCAGGAUAGGGGCAAAGAUCAUGCCUCCAGCCCUAGCUCUGCAGCUCAGGCUGUUGCUGCGGAUCCCACUCUAUUCCUUCAGCAUGGUGCUGGUGGAUAAGCACGGCAUGGACAAGGAGCGCUAUGUCUCCCUGGUGACGCCUGUGGCCCUCUUCAACCUGAUCGACACAUUCCCCUUGAGGAAAGAGGAGAUGGUCCUGCAAGCGGAAAUGGGCCAGACCUGUAACACCUGAUGGGCUGGGUCCUCUCUGGGCAGGUCCUCUUCUCUUUCUACACCGUGCUAUGAACACAGAAAGGCCUGAAAAAUAUCCUUGAUGUACAGAUUUUUAUUUGUAAUUUUAAAAGUCUAUUUUAUUAUAAGCUUUCUUUGCACUUAAAAAUAACACUGCAUUUUGUACUCUGAAGGAUUCGCUCCCCAAAAUGAAUAUAUUUACUCUAACUCUAUCAUGGCUGGUUAAUUUUAUAGAGAAAUUAGGGAAUACACCCAUACACAUGCUUUCAAUGCACAUUAUUCAGUGUGACACAUAUCUAUCUUUUUUAUAUAAAACUUUUUAAUAAAAUAUUUUGGAGCACAUUGAUGAACUCAUUUUCUUUUUCAAGCACCAGCCAUACUUGCUCAGUGUGGUCACUGGUUUUAGGAUGGUGAUUCUUAGUGGUGGUUUAGGAAAGGAAAAAUGUAAUAAAUCUUGUCAAGAGAAGCUCAGUUGAGCUGGGACAGCUGGACUUUGAAGUGGUGGAGCAGCCAAUUAAAAGCAACAAGCUGAAAAUGAGAGGUAAGACCUUAAUCACUUGUUUACUGGUAUAAACAAAAUGAAAAAUGGAAGAUAUACCAACUCUGUUUUCUGUUUUUCCUCAGUGGACCAGUGCACCAGUUGAAGGGCAGGUGGCCCAGCAAAGACACGCUGUUGUCACACUGUUGAGGGAGCCCCGGCUCUUUUAUGGAUCCUGGAGUCAUGGCAGUGGGGAGGGCUGGGAGCAGACAAGAACUGGAUACUGAAAUAGUGGGGAAAAGUACCUUUAGGCGUCUCCUUUCAUGCUCCUCUGCUGAGACUUCCCUUUAGGAGGAAGACGACCUCAGCCCAGGGCCUCGGAGACCUAGGAAUGAAAUCUGCGUCCCUAGCCCACGUGACGUGUGAAAGAACAAGAAGAGUCCUUGGCUACAGCUGCAGCCAGUGAGCGUGAUGCACUGUGUACCAGUCGUGUGGGGAGAGCACCUUUUCCUUCAUGCGACCUUCCAGAAGGACUUGGACAUCCAUAACCAAACAGAGCACCUCAGAAGAGGCGACAGAGCGAAGGGAAGUGCAGAAGCAGCACUAACGGCGACCUCUAGCAGAGGAGGAGGAAAGAGGGACUCAUGGACAGUGUGCCUUGUGAAGAUCCAAAGUGCAAUGGAAAAUCCCUUCCAAUUUGCUGCAUCUGCUCCUGUUGUCUGAAGCUGUCUAUCAAUAAAUUCUCUAAUCCUUAGCUAAGUUAAUCA